UUUUUUUUCUCGCUAUAAUUUUGUAAUAGUUUUCUUACUAGAAUAAACUUGUAUAGAUUAACAUUGUAAUCAAAUAAAAAAAAAAAAAGAGAAAAGAGACACGCUCAUCAGCCUAUUUAAAUCCGACACAAGAAGACCAGUUGAUCAUUGUCUUUUUUUCUUUCUUUCUAUUCUAUUCUAUAUAUUUAAUACAUUCACCAUGUUCUUCUUGAAAAAACUGACACAUACCAUCUCUCUACAUCCUUCGUAUUUUGGACCCAACAUGCAAAACCAGAUCAAGGAUAAACUAUAUGCUGAUGUAGAAGGCACUUGUACAGGAAGAUAUGGUUAUGUAAUUACGGUAUUGACAUUGGAUGAUAUUGGCAAAGGCAAGAUAUUACCUGGAUCAGGUUUAGCAGAAUUCAAGCUAAGCUAUCAAGCCAUUGUGUUUAAGCCCUACAAAGGUGAAGUAUUGGAUGCCAUUGUAACCACAGUCAACAAGAUGGGUUUCUUUGCUGACGUUGGACCAUUACAAGUAUUUGUGUCAUAUCAUCUUAUACCUUCUGAUAUGCGAUUUGAUGCUAAUGGCAACCCUCCUUGCUACUCUUCUGAAGAUCAGGUGAUACAAAAAGAUGUUCAAGUUCGAUUAAAACUUGUUGGUACUCGUGUGGAUGCCACAGAGAUUUUUGCUAUUGGAACAAUCAAAGAAGACUAUUUGGGUGUUAUUUCUUCUUAAAAAGUGUAUAGUUUUUUUUUUUCUUUUUUUUUUCUAUUGUUGAAAUAAAGCAAUUCUUGCUUCAAAAGAAAUCAUAAGC